UAUGCCUCCCUGAUGGACUUGCGUCCAGCCAGUUCCAUAUCGCUGAUACCAUAGCGCUGGGAGCAGAUUGUUUAUGCUUCCACCGAAAUGGUCGUCCUUCCGCAAUCCGAAUGAUGCUCUCUGCGCCAGCUGUAUUUGGAUGCUACUGCUGCUGUUUUUUUUCGCGUAUGUCAGCUUCUGCCUUGCCUCGUUUAGUACCGAACUGCAGCGACCAACAAAGGAAAGUGUUUACAACGAGCGUUUGCAGAUGCCUUUGGUAAGGCUGGAUGUCUGUGAAUUGACGGCAUUCCACCGUCAGCUGAACUACUCCCUGUUGGACCAUCUGUUGAUGGAGCGUGAGCUGGAAUUUCUGCUGCCCAACGGCACGGAGAUCUGGCGACGUGAUGUGCUGAACCGGAGCGACAUGGAAUUUGUCCAUGUCGACGCCAUGAGCUGCCUGCAAGUGCCUUCCAUGCAGGUGGUACCGCAGGAAAGCAUCCUGCCAUACCACCGCUGGUUCUUACGCUUGCAGGGGCCGAUCCAUCCAAAGCUGCAACGCCAGAACUACAGCUAUGUGAGUGGUCUCUUCAUUCGCCCAUCCUUGGCUAACGCCAGCCAUCCUGUGUCCAUACGCCAGGAAAGCUUCCUCAAAGUCUUGACGCCCUUCACCGCCAAGAACCGCACCGCCAUCCUCCGGGCGGUGGUCUCCUUGGACCGCUGGAGCGAUUCGCUGGGCGGGCGCCUCGGAGCGCCCUAUGCAGAUACCUUCUACUUGGAUGACAGUCGCAUCGUGCCUGAAGCCGCUGAGGAAACUACUCCGGUAGAUGUCAUGCCACAGCUGGGAAAUCGACUCAAGAUUGUACC